AUGGACGUGGCGUUUGAUUUAUAUACGGCGGUUAUUCCUGUAGAUCGUAACGCGUUAUCCCAUCAAUUAUUUGUUUUUUGGUUAAUCCUCACUACAGGCGGUAUAUUUCUAUACCUUUUAUGCGCAUCUAUUUCAACGUUUAUCUUUUUUGUGUUAUUUGAGGAAACCUAUUUUCCUCUCACGAUGGAUAAAAAAAAUCAAAAACAUGAAUUACAACGACAAAUGUUACAUGAGAUAUUUAUUGCGGUUCUUUCUAUUCCUUUUAUGGCAAUACUUAUGGCCCCUUCUUCUACCCUUGCCCACCGUGGGUACAGUAAAAUAUAUUACAAUGUUUCCGAUUAUGGAUGGUCAUAUCUUUUUUUUAGUAUAUUGAUGUUUUUUAUUUUUACGGAUUUUAUGGUGUAUUGGUUUCAUCGUGGUUUACAUCAUCCAACAUUAUACCGAUAUCUUCAUAAAUUACAUCAUACAUACAAAUAUACCACACCAUUUUCAUCGCAUGCAUUUAAUCCUUGUGAUGGAUUUGGUCAAGGUUCACCAUAUUACGCAUUUAUUUUUUUAUUUCCGAUGCAUAAUUAUCUUUUUGUGAUUCUCUUUUUUGCCGUUAAUUUAUGGACCAUCUCUAUUCAUGAUCAGGUGGAUUUUGGAGGGCAUUUUGUCAACACAACCGGACAUCAUACAAUUCAUCAUGUACUUUUUAAUUACGACUAUGGACAGUACUUUACCGUAUGGGAUCGUAUUGGUGGAACAUAUAAACCGGCACAACAGACACAUCAUUUCCCAUUAUUUACAAAAGGUGGACGCAAUGAAGAGGUUGAGUCAACGAAGAAGAUGGGAUAG